UAAAAGAUCCAGCCGACCCCGCUAACAGAUCCACUGCCUGUCGGAGGGCAGUGGAUCAGCUUGUUACCAGCUGACCCUGUCUGUGCACGACCUACUUUCACUUUGUCCCGCAUCAAAACAAGGGGAGAGUCAAUCAGCAUCAAACUGUAUUGCUGUUGUUGAUUGGAGUUAUCAUUUGGGUAUUUUGAUCAUACGAUCAAUGGCUUGUUACCGUAAAACAUCCACGAGUCCAUUUGAUUUCUGGAAUUCGCACAUUGCCUCCGCAAUCACCUGAAGCCCAGCCUACCUGGCGACAUGUUCUCCAAUCAGCGUAGAGGUAAGCCUACCUGGAAGGCGAACCAUACAAGUUGACGGACGGUAAACAUCCACACAGCGGGGCGAGUGGCAACACUAAUGGGCUCUGUUAUCGCCGGGGAUCAAAGAAGAUCUGUUUGGGUGGCCAAGUGGUAGUUACUUCUAAACAUUUGUCCUGACAUCCACCGAUAAAUCAAUAAAUAACGAUGAAUGGUUUGAACCGUCGGAAGACCAGCCUUCCAGAUCUGUACUACGAGGGUUACCUGGAGAAGAGGUCGUUCAGAGAUAAGGCGGCUCUCAAACGAUGGACAGCUCUUAGCGGGAACACAUUGUUUUUCUUCAACAGCAGCAAAGAUGCUAAUUUUUUGGAGAAGUUGGAGCUCGUUGAUUUCCGGUCGGUCACUGACGACCCCACCCGCGACUCAAACUUGGACAAGGCCAGAUUCAACGUCCACCUGAAAGAAAGGAGCUUAAAAUUUACCGCUCCAAGCCUCGAGGCCCGAGAGCUAUGGAAGGGCUACAUCCACGCCGUGCUAGAGCUCUCGCUGCCCAGUGGCAUCAUCCUGCUUCCCGGUCAGACCCGGGACCUGCAGCAGGCCGUAGAGCGGGAGAGGGAGAGGAGGAGGCUGCCGCCUCCGCUGCCCGCGGCCGCGCUUCCCGACGAGGGCGGAGCCCGGAGCCACGCCGCUUAUAACGGGCCCCUGCCAGAGUGCUUCGUGAAGGCGACCCGUGUGGAGGCGGAGCUUCUGCUGGAGAGAGAGGCGGGCCGAGGGAAUCUGCUGCUCCGCCCUGGCGGCCAUGGCAACACCUUCACCAUAACAACCAGGGAGGUCCAUAUGAGUCCUAUAUUCAAACACUACCGCGUGACUCAGAAGCCCGGUGAAGGCUUCAUCAUCGAUCUGAAGGAGCCUAUCGACUGUGCCACGCUGGACGCGGUGAUCACUGAGAUGUUGGAGGUGACAGGGGGAACACUGACCCCCCUGAUCAGUGAGGACAACUACGAAGACAACAUCUCCUUCAUCAAGUCCAACGAGGAGAGUGGAGAGAAGUCGGUCUGCUUCCCCCCCCCUCGCAAGACCCCCCCCACUCCACCAUCCAAACCAGCAGGCGAGCAGCGGGAAUAUCUGACAGUGGAGCCGCCAUCUCGCAUUCCCAUUCUACCCAAGCGGAGUGAGAAUGCAGAGAAGUUUACCAGACCGUGCAAUCCCCCCCCAUCUAUACCCAUUGGGUACCCUACUAAACAGGGUAAAAGCAUACGCACACACGCAUUCCACACACUCUCACACACACACACACACUCAAGCACCCACGCACACGCACGCACACACACGCUGACACACGCACGCACACACGCAGAUCACACACGCACAAACACACUCAAGCACCAAUGUACACACACACGCACUCAUCCACGCACAAACACAUACGUGUUUUGAUGGUUCUUUCUUAUGACCAAUGGUACCUAUUGUCACUCUUGAUAAAACCAUCUGCUAAAUUCCGUAAAUGUAAAAGUGUUUUGAGGGUAAAUGCAAAACUGGUUCUCUAAAAGAAAAACGUCAAUUCCGGGUAGAUGCAUUACUGUGUCAGGAGGAAUGUUGUUCUUUCAACGCCAACAUGUGAUUUGGCCUUCGUGCUUGCUGUAAAUCUAACCUGGCAUGUCAAUCGAAUGUGUGUUUUCCAGCUGCUGUGACUCCGAAGCAACGCGUUGCGUGUAAGUAGGAGUUCUUCUCCUUUGAUGGGACUCAUGUGUUCCCCCCUCUCUGAUCUGCACUGGCAUUAUGUUCAUUGUUUAAAGCAGGGGUUCCCCUUUUGCUUCCUCAAACCAUACCGCAGGUACGUGAUGAGGCAUGUACAGUACUUAUGUAAAGAAGCUUUUAUGAUCAGAAACUUCCCCUCAAAUAUCCAUGGCCCGGGAUUCUUCAAUCGAUGCCAUUUGCAUACCAGUGGACCCAAGGCUGGGAAACGCAGGUUAAAGGUUUUCAGGGGUGACACUUCUAAUAUAAAUGUGUCAUUCAUAGCUCUCUCUGUGUCCCUUUGCUCUUUUAGUGAUGCCCUCUGCUCCAAGGAAGAGGGAAUCCGAUAGCAGCCAUGGUGAGCCAAAGUCUUUCUAAUCUUCAAACAUCCUAUUCUACUGCAUGUCUGUCUAGUCUUUCUGUCUGUCUGCCUGCCCGUGUCCCUCGUCCCAUCCUAUCAUGGUGUCUCCGGCAGCGGAGCUGGGCGAACGCGCACCAGCAGGGAAGCCGGUUCCCACUCCUCGCUCCUUCCCUCCCCGUCAAUCCAGUGCCGUGCGGUCGAAGAGUGACGUGUCCUGCCUUUCCCUGGAGCUGAAGGAGGCGUUUCUGAAGAAGAGGAUUUUUAAAGAGUAGAGGGACCUCUCCCGGACUCGCGAUGAACCUUCCUACGGCGUGUGGUGCGGUAUAGGGAGGAGAGAUCUACUGGAAGUGCAUCGCCAUGUCGCAGCCAGUGGGGUGUCUCUGAGUAAGGUAACAGACACAUCUUUACCAAGAGGGUUCUUCCUGUGGUUCCAGAGGGGAUGGGACCCCCAGGGACCCCCAGGGACCCCCAGGGACCUGAGUCCAUGGGCUCUGUGGUCUGCUUCUGGUCGUCACUGAUGGCUGUCGAGCCUCACUCUUCUCAGGUUUCUCUCCUGAUACAAACGGACUUGGUUUCACUCCUUAUUGUCAACUCACGCCUCGUAGGCUCAGACAUGAUUUGUCACUCAGUAUUAUUGGCCUAUUCACUGGCUGUGGUGUGCCUCAAACCAAAACUAAAAGAUUUUUGGUUUAGUGUUUGUCUCGCCUUUAAGGUCUUUUGUGCCUUUUUCUUUUAAUGAAUGAAAAAACACAUUUGCGGCUGAAAUAUGAAGAGAUUUGUAUUUGAAGGGAAUGUUUGGUAUAUUUGAUUUAAUAUAUCUGUAUCUCACUCAGAAUUAGGUUUUAAUGCUACAGUUAAAUCCAAAUAAAUAUUCUAUAUUUGUACAUUAUCUUUCAGUGUUUUAGGGCCUUUGUAUGACUCGUAUCUGGGCAGAAGUGGUUCAGCAGGUUGAGCGGGUUGACUGGCAUCGUCAUACUCCACUCUGCGUUCCUCCGCAAGAUUUUCGUCAUAGUUUAUUGAGGGAGUUUUAAGUAUUUGGCCUGUUAAGCCCUUUGAGACUAUAACGGUGAAUAAGGGCUAUACAAAUAACAUUUAAUUGAAUGAAGGUUGCUGGUUUGAACCCCGGCUCCUCCUAACUAAGUGUGGGGGUGUCCCUGAGUGAAGGACCCUCCCCACGACGAGCUGACUGUCGUCUGGCAUGGUCACACCGCCGUCGGUCUGUGAAUGGGAGGCAAUCGUUUUAAUGCACUUUGAGUGGCCACAGGUCUGAAAACCUUUUAUAAAUGUAGUCCAUUUCUAUAAUUAAAUGCUGUCAACCUACCA